GUGUUAAAAACGUAUUUUGGAGUGUGUGUUUAUCAUGCAUAAAUGUAUAUUUCGAUAGGAAUACAAUAAAAUAGUGUGGUUUAAACUUAGUUUCGAUAAAGAAAUGGGAGAUAUAUCGUUUCAACGUUCAUCGUCAUCGGAUUUAAGUUGUCAACUUAAUUUUGAUAAAAAUUGGAUUAACGAUGGCAAUAAGAUCUAUGUCUCGGAUUAAUCGUCGUGUCCGUGUUGUGCAACUCGACGCAGGGGAUUUGUCAAUUAAGGACGUUCAAAGAUCAAUUAGGAAACUGCAAACGAAGAAAGGAGUGGAUAUUUACAACUCGUCGUGAAUAGAGGAAAAAUGGAUCAUCGACUUAUUAGCAAAAAUCAUCUAGUCGGAAGAACGCGUUAAUAAUCUGCCUUCGUCUGUAAGAAUCGAUAAAAAAUUACGUAUUCAGCCAUCGAGAUCAAGACAUGACUCAAUAUAUUGGCCAGCAUACUGACAAUUCAUCCACCGCUAUUCACACAUCGAACAAUUACUCAUAUUCGAAUCUAAAAAUGAUGCCAUCGAUGGUGUCUCCUUCAAACUUUAUUGGAACGAACGACAUGACCAGUGAACAUACAGCUGCGGGUUGGCACUUAGUUACAACAGGAAACGUGUCUCUGGACGAAGAAAUUAUUUCUCGUGCAUUCCUUAAAGACUUAAAUUCUACACAGUUUCAUAUACUGGUGCCGUCACUUGUGUUAGUGGUCGUCUUAAUGGUCUUGGGUAUACCAGGAAAUUUAAUUGCGCUCAUGGUGUACGCAACUAAAAUGAAGCGAAGUACUGCGGCGUAUUUCAUCAUCACCCUUGCGAUGAGCGAUUUAAUAAAUUGUUGCAUAAGUCUACCGAUUGAAAUAGCGUUGAUUUCACAGUUUUGGACAUUUGACCAUCCAGUUGUGUGCAAGUUUUCUAGAUUUCUUACGGCCGCAAUGAACAACACGUCGUCCUUUAUACUGGCAGCCAUUGCGUAUGACCGUUUCCGCUCAAUAUGUUUGCCGCUUAAACCUCGCAUUUCUACGCUCAAAGCCAAAGUAAUAUGUAUUAUUAUAACUUUGUGCGCAGUUUGUUCGGCAAUUCCCAUGUUUAUAGGCUAUGGAACGUUUACCUACAGAUUUCAACAAGACGAAGUGACAAUUUACGGGAAAACGUGUUUAGUUGAUGACAACGUCGUACAAACUAAUAUACCAUUUAUUAUUCUGAUUUACUUUUUCACAGGCCAUCUCACAGUGUUCUUCAUUCUGGUAGUACUUUACUCAUGCAUUGGAUAUAGUCUUACUAGAGGAUCAAAUUUUUUACGCAAUGAAAUAGUUCUUAAGAAAGGGUUGCUCCAGAGAAACAACAGCACGUAUUCCAUGACGUCAUUUAUUGUGCAGUUUACGACGCCAUCACGGAAUAUGUCGUUAGAGUCGGAUAUGAACAAUUAUUGCAAAACGAAUAUAAAACUGAAUCGGUCUAUGAGCACACUUUCUAGCCACGAAAUGAGUCUCACGCGUCGUCAUGGAGGUGCAGCAUUUCGAACAAAACGCAUGACCUGUAUGCUAUUUUUAGUCACGUCGGUGUUUGAAAUAAGCUUCAUACCAUAUUUAGUGAUAGUUAGUAUACGACAAUAUGAUCCCGGCUUUGAGGCUGGACUGAACAAUGCUGGCAAAAUGGCUUUCAAUUUCUUCCUAAGGUUUUACCUGAUUAACAGUGCAGUCAAUCCGGUUAUUUAUUGUUUCUAUAACCAAAAUUUUAGGCACGGUGUUAAAAGGCUAUAUAGAAGCAUAAGUAAUCGAGUAUAUAGGGAGGAUAUGGUUUGAUAGUAUUUGUUUAGUGCUCCGAUUGUUAUUAUCAAAUUAGUUUCUUGCUGUUUUGCAUUAAAGUUUAAGCUACAUAUUGAUGGCGCGUUUAACCGAAAAAAUGUCCACUUGACUAUUCUUACAGUGUUUGCAUCAGGUGCGUUCACUAAUCUCGCUAUUUCAUCUUUGUGGUGUGCUUUUGUAAACAUGUAAAAGUUGUUUAUACAAAAUGUUUGCUUGAUUAUAGGAGCACAUGUAAGUAAACAAAUCACCAGUAUUUGUAUUUGUUAUACUGGUGUUGUAAUAAUGAAUGUGAUGUUCUGGUAUUUUUUAUCGAAUCAAGUUUCAUCGCUAUGGGAACAGUUGUUGUGAUUUUCAUUUUGCAGUGACAACAACAUACGGAUGGCCCUUCUUUGCACUGUUGUUUUAAAUAUUUUCUACAGGGUUCAGGAUCACGUGACUUUAUUGGGUUCCCAAUUAAACGUUAAUGGAUGUAACUCACCAGUGAGUGGUGCUUUUUUCAAAUAACUUUAAAAUACAAAUUUCUUAAGAAUUUCAACUAGUUGCAUAAAAGACAGAAUUGUAUGCUACCUAUGGCAAUUUGAAAAACAUAAGAAUGACUUUAUUUAAUAAACUUGUGUUCUUGUUAAACAAUUCGUUGUGUUCUACACGGUUAUGCUGCACGCAACGUGACAUUUCGACAUCGACGUCUGAAUUCAACGUAUG